GUCGGACAUCGCUACAGUGCUCGCCACAAGAGAAGAAGAACAGCUUAUAGCAUACUCACGGUAGCGAAAACAACAUCAGUAGCACCUCAUUUUCCCACACCGGUAAAUGCCUGAAGAUUCAACAUGGUUUGCGGAGGAUUUACGUGCUCGAAAAACGCCCUCUGUUCGCUAAAUGUAGUUUAUAUGCUGGUGGGUCUCCUGCUGAUUGUCGUAGCAGCAUGGGGGAAAGGCUUUGGCAUUGUCUCCAGCAUCCACAUCAUCGGAGGCGUGAUUGCCGUGGGCUUCUUUCUGCUGCUGAUCGCCAUUGUGGGACUCAUUGGAGCCGUCCAUCAUCACCAAGUCAUGCUUUUCUUUUACAUGGUCAUUCUCUUCAUCGUGUUCCUCUUCCAGUUUGGCAUUUCCUGUUCUUGCCUGGCCAUGAAUCAGGGUCAACAGGAGAAGCUGCUGGGCUCAUCCUGGGGAAUGAUGAGUAACGACACAAGGAUCAGUCUUGAGAAGAAGCUGGACUGCUGUGGCCUGUUUAACAAUACGCAGGACCAGACAAGGUUUCAGACUGACUUACACCUCUGUGAUGCUCCAUGUAUAAAAAAGAGCUCCUGCCUCAGCUGUGGUGAAAAGAUGCUCCAACAUUCAUCAGAAGCUUUGAAGAUCCUUGGAGGAGUCGGCCUCUUUUUCAGCUUUACGGAGAUCUUAGGAGUUUGGCUGGCCAUGCGCUACAGGAACCAAAAGGACCCGAGAGCGAACCCCAGUGCAUUCUUAUAGUCUCUCAGACCGUCUGUCCUAAACUACGUUUAGUGUAGUCCAGCUAUUCCAGUUCCCUUUUGCACAGGUAGAGUGGAGCGCACCAAGAGACAUUUAAAGCAUUAAACGCAGAACACAACCCACAGAUCCCCCCUCAACAAACUCACAUCUGCACAGCCGGUUCAGAACACGUUAGAUACAAACACAUCUAUUUUAAUGAUAGAUCUGACCCAUUUUCCACACAAGGUCUGCAGAGGGCUAAUUUAAACCAGCAGGAGGAGGUAUCAUGUAUGAUAGGAUGCUCGUUCUGGCACUUCCCCCAUCCUUGAUGUGAGAAGCUCUUCCUGUUUUCUGUAUGCAAACCGAAAAUCUGCAAUGUAAAGCCAUCGAUGUCUGCAUGUUCAUAGCCUCAGUUUCUUGUGACACAAUCAGCACACUUAUGUACACAUAGCCAGGUAUGUAGUGCCGAAAUGGUCCCUGUAGUUUCAGUGUAAAGGAAAGUUAACCCACAUAAACUAUGUUAAUGUUUAGUAUCAGUUAGUCAGGGUGAAAUUCUGUCAUGUAUCUCCCAGGAAAACCUCAUCCAGGUCCGAUUUGAAUGACCUGCGAAACACCUGUGUUUUGUGCAAUGGUAUAUGAAGUCCGUCUCAAUGAGGUGACGAGUCCAGCCUAUGGGAUAUUAGUUUAGGAUUUAGACGUAGAACGUGAAUAUUUAAGAAACACUUGUGUAACUGAGCCAUGUGAAUGGGAGGAUUUUCCCCUGCCGAUGGACUGCAGUCCUCCUGUUGUACAUAGUCUUUACCGUGACAGGGUCGACGUUCACCGAUUCUUUUGCAUUCUUAUUUAAACCAGCGAGAUCCUACCGCCUCAAUCGGGUCUCGCUGUUCUCACUGGACGUUUUAAGUUCUCCAUUUCCUUUGAAGCUUAGUAUUACUCAUGGAUAUAGUGUUUUAAUAUCUUAUGCAUUGUUUUGUGGACGUGUUUGUUGGCGUGCCAUUUACUCGGUCGGCUUGGUUUAAGCCUCAUGCACUAACUUGCGGUUUUUAUUAUUUGCAAUCAUGUAUCGCUUCUUUCCAGCUAUUUUUAAAAAGUACUAACGGCAUCAGGUCCAUAAUUUUAGCACUGAAUAAUGUGCCAAUUCAGUUAAAUCCUCCUUAGUUUGUGUUUUGCCAAAUCUCUUUCUUUCGUUGGUGCGCUUAUUUGUGCUAAUAGUGUUAAGUUGCCAUUAAAGUGUGCGUUUUUUGCAAUGUUGAACAUUGUUGUUGUAGAUAGAUCAUUGUGCACACGCAUAUGUUGAUUCCACAUGUCCAAUAUGUUCUUGUGUUAAUUUACUUACUCAUCUUAAUAGAGGAACAUACUGGCUGAUACUCACAGUCUUAACCGCUUUAGUUUCCGCCCCACAUGAUCGAGAAAAUGGGAACAUUGGAACAUUGGACCAUCACUCAGUACAGCUUAAAUGUGUUCUGCUUCACUUGGUCAUGGUAUUAUGAGCGUGUUUCACUGAUGGAUUUUGAAGAGGUGAAAUCAAUGUCUGUGCUAUAGUAGUUAUUUAUUGGCAUUGUGAGAAGGCCGCAGUACCCGACUUGGUGAGCUGUAAGCACCAUUUUCCCUGGAUUUGCCUUGUAUUUUUGAAACUGACUUUUCCAAUUAAAUAUUCUUAGAUCAA